AUGGAUCGAGAUUUGAUUAGUAGUCUGCCGGACUCUGUUCUUUGUUGGAUUCUGUCUUUUCUUCCAACGACUGAAGCUGUGGCGACUAGCAUCUUAUCAGCAAGAUGGAAAAUUCUUUGGACUGGAGUCACUAGUCUUCAUUUUGAGGAUAGUGAAAGGCUUUUUAAUGAGCCUUACAAAGAAUCGAAGAAUGAUGAAAGAUUUGUGAAAUUUGUUAACAAGGUCUUGCUUCUCAAUAAUGUGCAAUCCUUAGGCAAGUUUUACCUCUGCUGGUCCCGUGACUAUGAUGCCUUUUAUAUAAAUACAUGGAUUGCCACUGCAAUUGCUCGAAAUGUUAGAAUCCUUGACAUUAUAGCUGAGUCCGACACAGUUGAAUUGCCUAAUAGCAUUUUUACGUGUAAAACUCUUGAGUUCCUUCAACUGUCUGGUGACCUGUUGAUUAAGUCUCCAAGAUUUGUGUGUCUUCCUAGACUUGUCACCUUCAAUCUUAUUAGAGUUGAUGAUAGAUCCCACGAAUCUAUAGGCCAGAUUUUAUCCGGAUGUGCAGUUCUGGAGUUCAUGUAUAUCGAACAAAUUGUCAUUCUAGCUGGACCUCAAAACCUUCAAAGAAUGGCUAUUAAAAUUUCUUCCCCUACUUUGAAAACACUCAGACUGGAUUUUUAUGCGGAUUGCUGUCUGGAUGAAGAUUGGUUCCGUAAGCUAGAGAUAAAUGCCCCUGCACUUGAGUAUCUGUACUUGAAAGAUAGAACAACUGAGUCUUUCAGCAUUGAGGGCCUAAAAGCUUUGUGUGAAGCAGAAAUUGACGUUUAUAUGUGUGAUCCUCCUGAAAGUGAUUACUGUAAUUCAGUUGUCAAACUGUUCCUGGCGUUGCAACAUGUCAAGCUUCUGACUUUAUCAAGAGACACAAUGCGGGUAAAUUAUGGAAUCUCUCAGAACAUUUUUCUUGGCAGAGCCACUGCUCACUUCUCUUCAAAGUUUGACAGAUUGACCACGUUGGUGGUGGAAGCCCACUGGUGUAAACGGAGUUGUUUGCCGGCUUUGCUUGAAAGUUCAGUCAAUUUAGAAGUUCUUGAGGUUUUAACGGCUGGCUGGAGGAAUCCUGAUCGAGUUCCUAGAUGCUUGCUGACGAGUCUUAAAGAAAUUGCUGUUCAAGGACUUGAAGGCGGGAAAGGCGAGCUUGCAAUGAUUAGCUAUUUUCUUAAGCAUGGUAGAGUGUUGGAAGUAGUAGAUCUAUAUUCUAAAGUAGAUCUUGAUAUCGAGAAAAAAUUUCAGCUACUUCAGAAGAUAUCCGUGUUCCCAAGGAAGUCAGACACAUGCGAGGUUGAGUUUCACUGA